AUGAUGAAACCAAUUGCAGCUAAUGAACAUGAACAAGGUUUCCUGGAAUAUCUCGAAGAUAUAAUCGGCACAGAACGUUUUAAAAAACCAUUAGAAUUACUCAAUCUUAAAGUUGAAGAAUUAAGUGCAAUGUGGGCUGAAAAGAAAAAUCGUGUUAAAGCUGCACAAAACGAAGUUCAACAAUUAGAUGGUCCAUAUCAACAAGCAUUAGAUUUUAUUAAAUGUGAUAAUGAUUAUAAAUUAGCUAAAUCAAAAAUGUUACAGUUAAAACGUUUUGAAUUAGGUGAUCAAGAAAUUUCAUUAACAGUUAAAUAUACUGAUCGAGAAGAAAAAAUGAAAGAAUCAAAUGAACAAUGUAUAUCAAAAAAACAUUUAUGUAAACAAAGUCAAGAUGAAUUAAAUCGUUUACAAAAAUCCUAUGAUAAAAAUAAUAAUGAAUUAACUAAACUUAAAAAAUCUUUAGUUGAUUAUGAAACUGAAGAUGGUACAAUACGGCAUGAAAUAAAAACAAGUUUUGAACAAGAAAAAAAAUAUGAAAAACAAAAUGAACAAGAAUUAUCAAAAGUUCAAACAUGGGAGAAUAUUCCAAAUGAAAAAUUAAAAGAAAUAAAUCAAAUUGAAGAAGAUUUAAAAAUAGCUGAAAGUCAACAAGAAAAAUUUGAGAUUGAAUUAAAUAAAUUAAAACAAGAUCUAUUACCACAAACUGAACAAUGGAGAAAAGAAUUAACUGAUAAAACAAAUAAUUGUAAUCGUUUUAAACAAGAUAAAUAUGCAAAUAAAAAAAAAGAUUAUGAACUUGCACAAAAUCGUUUACAAUUAUUAUUAAGUGAAGAAGAACGACAUAAAAAUACAUUAAAUGAAAUGAAAAAUGAUUAUGAAAAUAAACAAAAAGAACUUAAUGUAAAACAAGAAAAAUUUCAUGAAAUUGAUCAACAAAUAAAUCACACAGAAAAAUUACAUCAAGACAAAGAACAAUUAUUAAAAGAUAUUGAAGAAGAAUAUUCUAUUGUUGAUAAACGUUUUAGACAAAAUCAACUUGAACUUAAUAAUAUUAAUUCACAAAUGCAAACAACACAAAGUCGUGAUAGAACAUUAAAUUUUCUACUUGGGCAAAAACAGCAAGGAAAAUUACAAGGAUUUCAUCAAAGAUUAGGCGCUCUUGCUAGUAUCGAUAGUAAAUAUGAUGUUGCUAUUUCAACAGCUGCUGGUGGUUAUCUUGAUUAUUAUGUUGUUGAUGAUGUUAAAAGUGGUGAAGCUGCAAAAAAUCUUCUUAAAGAACAUAAACAAGGUACAGGUAGUUUUAUCUGUAUGGAUAAAAUGCUUAGACAUUCUCAACAAGCCAAUCGUCGUUUUGAUGUACCACAAUUAGCACCAAAUACAUAUCGUUUAUUUGAUUUAAUUGAUAUUAAUGAUUCUAUUUAUAAAAAUACAUUUUAUUAUGCUCUUCGUGAUACACUUGUUGUUGAUAAUAUUGAUGAUGCACAAAAAGUUGCAUUUGGUAGUCAAACACGUUAUCGUGUUGUUACUCUUAAAGGUGAAACUAUUGAACAAUCAGGUACAAUGUCUGGUGGUGGUUCAUAUCAAGUUCGUGGAAAAAUGACUUUAAAAACAGCUGGCAAUCGCACAUCACGACAAAGUAUUAAUAUUGAUCCAGCAAAAAAAAAUCAAUUAGAAAAAAGCGUGAAAGAGGAUGGUGAAAAAUUAACUGAACUUGAACAACAACGUUUUCAAUUAACAACAGAAGAAAAACAAUUGAAACACAAAUUAGCUGAUGAAAAACGAAUUCAUACACAAAUUAAAAAUGACCUUAAAAAUUUACCUAAUCAUGUCGAAACAUUAAAAGCAUCAGUUGAAAAACAACAAAAACUUGUUGAAUCUAAAACAGUAUCAGCAAAAGAUCGAGAAAAAUACGAUGAAGAAUUAAAGCAAACUAAGAAAGAAUAUGAUGCUGCUAAUGAUGAACUUGAAGAAUUAAAAGCUGCAAUUGAUGUUGUAACAAAACGUAUAAAUGAUCAUAAUAAACUUGCUCUUGCUCAACCACAAGCUGAUCUUGAUAAUGCAGUAAAACAAGUUAAAAAAUUACAAAAUAUAAUCGAUACAGCUAAUGUUGAAAUAACCAAUGCUCGCCGUAAUCUUAAAAAAAGUCAAGAUAAAAUUAAAGCUAAUCAAACAGCGAUUGAUCAAAUAUUAAAAAAACGUGCUGAUCUUAAUGUACGAUUAGAAAAACUUGAAGAAUUAGCAAAAAAUGCUGAUGAAAAGAAAACACAAAUAGAAAGUGAUUUGGAAACAAAUAAAACAAAUAUGGCAGAAUUACGUGAAACAAUACGAAUUACAGAAGCUGAAUUAGCCGAUAUUGAAAAAGACAUUGUUCAUUUAAAACAUGAAUAUGAAGCAGCACAAAAAGAAUUGGCUCAAUGUCGACAUGAAAUUAGUGUGAUAGAUGUCGAGAUCAAUGGAUUACGUUUAUGUCAUGUUAUUGAUGACGAAGAAGAUACAUCUGAUGAUAGUACAUCAACAAACAACUAUCUUAAAGAAAUUCCAAUUCAAAAAUAUGAUCGUUCUGAUCUUGAUGUUUAUACAAUGAAAGAUUUAGUUGCAGCAACAUUAGAACGUGAAAAUGAAUUAAAACAAACACAUUGUAAUUUAACUGCUAUUGGUGAACAUCGUCGUGCUGUUCGUAACUUAAAUAUGAGACAAAAAGAUCUUGUUGAACUAGAAACACGUCGUGAUCAUAUACGAGCAAAACGUGAUCGUUUUAAUGAACAACGACAAACAGAAUUUCGAGCUGGUUUUGAUCAAAUAUCACGUACACUGAAACAUAUUUAUCGAACUAUAACAGAUGGUGGAGAUGCUGAAUUAGAAUUUUGUUCGAGUAAUGAUCCAUUUGUUGAUGGUGUAGAAUUAAGUAUUCGGCCACCAAAGAAAUCUUGGAAGCGUAUAUGUAAUUUAUCCGGUGGUGAAAAAACAUUAAGUUCAUUAGCAUUUGUUUUUGCUUUACAUACGUUUCGUCCAACACCAAUUUAUGUUAUGGAUGAAAUUGAUGCUGCUCUUGAUUUUAAAAAUGUUUCGAUUGUUGGUCGAUUUAUUAAAGAACGUACAAAAAAUGCACAAUUUAUUGUUAUUUCAUUACGUGAAAAUAUGUUUACACUCGCUGAUUAUCUUAUAGGUAUUUAUAAAGUAAAUAAUUGUUCUCAAACAGCAUCACUUCGUCCAGCUCUUUUUGCUAAAAAAUUAGAAGAACGAAAGAAAUCACAUCUCAUUUGCUCACAAGAACAAACUAAUCCUAGUCAUAAUCAAGAUGAAAAUGAUGUUACAAUGACUGAACAUAAUGAUCAAGCAAAUACUUAUGAUACUCAUAGUACUAGUAUUCAUCAAAAUCAAACUGCUAUGUCAGAUAAUAAUGGAUUCUAA